CGACGCGCCGGAAAGCAACGGCCGCAGCCAGCACCGAGUGGAGCGGGUCACCAUGGGGAAAAUCGCCCUGCAACUCAAAGCCACGCUGGAGAACAUCACCAAUCUCCGGCCCUUGGGCGAGGACUUCCGGUGGUACCUGAAGAUGAAAUGUGGCAACUGUGGUGAGAUUUCGGACAAGUGGCAGUACAUCCGGCUGAUGGACAGUGUGGCACUGAAGGGGGGCCGUGGCAGUGCUUCCAUGGUCCAGAAGUGCAAGCUGUGUGCAAGAGAAAAUUCCAUCGAGAUAUUAAGCAGCACCAUCAAGCCUUACAAUGCUGAAGACAAUGAAAACUUCAAGACAAUAGUGGAGUUUGAGUGCAGGGGCCUUGAACCAGUUGAUUUCCAGCCCCAGGCUGGGUUUGCUGCUGAAGGUGUGGAGUCAGGGACAGUCUUCAGUGACAUUAAUUUGCAGGAGAAGGACUGGACUGACUAUGAUGAAAAGGCCCAGGAGUCUGUGGGAAUCUACGAGGUCACCCACCAGUUUGUGAAGUGCUGAUCCCUCUUCCUGCACAGUUGCCCUUACAAACUGAGAAAGGACAAUGUACCCAAGCAGCAGAGCCCACAGAGGCUGGUUCCUUUGCCCCUUGUCUCCUGGCGGCUAUACCAAACCUUCACAGUCUGCAUGCUGGACUUGAUUACAGCUUCCCAAGCCCCAUCAAUAAAGCCCCUGUUCAUGCUGCACUGGUGUAUGAAGGUGAAGUAAGGAAGUAGCUACUCCCUCUGCAAAUAAGAAUUCGUGCAGCAGCAGUUCACUCCUUAGGAAUAUGAAGAGUAUUUUUAAGGAGAUGGUAUCUCCCCAGUCAAGGGCAAGUAUACAGAGAGGAAACUGCGAUCCCACCAUCACUCAAUGAGCCAGAAGCCAAUGGUGACGUACUAUUACCCGAACUUACUGAACUUGCUGUUGGAAAGAUCUUUGUGAGGAUUAGGAAUUAGGUUAAAAAAAAUUAAGAACCAUCUUCAAGCAAAAAUUAAACUUUAUUUCUGGCUUAAACAAUAAAUACACCUGAGUUAGUUUUUCAAACUUUUCCUCCUGAUUAAAUGCCCUUAAAACUGAAA